UGUGUAUAAGCGGAGUAGUAAUAAUAACACGGCUACUCGCAAACUGCUUCCGGUACUUUGAACCCGGCUGUCAUUGGGGAGGUGAAAGAAAGGCAAGUGACUUUGAAGGAUGAAUUCGAGUCCGAAUUACAGUAACACUAACGGCUAUCAUAGGCGGCGGCGGCAGCAGCAGCAGCAGCCGGGAAUGAGUCGCAGAGAGCGAGUCCGCCGUGGAAGUCGGAGGUCACGAGAUUCCACAGACGGCGGAAGUAGCCUUAGGGUUUGCGAACAGCAGCAGCAGCGACAACACAGACCUCCUUGUACGGACUUCGACAUGGCCUAUUUCCAUUCUUAUGCUCAUGUUGGUAUCCAUGAGGAGAUGAUCAAGGAUCGGGUGCGGACUGAAACUUAUAGAUCAGCAAUCACUCAAUUCCAGAGUUAUAUUGCAGGAAAAGUUGUAGUGGAUGUUGGAUGUGGCACUGGCAUCCUUUCUAUAUUUUGUGCUCAAGCUGGGGCAAAGCGGGUGUAUGCAAUUGAUGCUAGUGACAUUGCCUUGCAGGCAAAUGAAGUAGUGAAAGCGAAUAAUCUAUCUGAUAUUGUCAUUGUAUUGCAUGGACGAGUUGAGGAUGUUGAAAUAGAUGAAGAGGUUGAUGUCAUCAUCUCCGAAUGGAUGGGAUAUAUGCUUCUGUAUGAGAGCAUGCUUGGAAGUGUUAUCACAGCUAGGGAUCGCUGGCUCAAACCUGGAGGUCUUAUUCUUCCUUCAGAUGCAAAGCUGUACAUGGCUCCUGUAACUCAUGCUGACCGAUACAGUGAAAGCAUUGACUUCUGGCGUAAUGUCUAUGGAAUUGAUAUGUCUGCCAUGUUACCUUUAGCUAAACAAUGUGCAUUUGAAGAACCUUCUGUGGAAACAAUAACGGGUGAAAAUGUUUUGACAUGGCCACAUGUGGUAAUACAUGUUGACUGUUAUUCGGUUACCAUCCAUGAGCUAGAAUCUGUUUCAACUAGAUAUAAGUUUAAGUCAAUGAUGCGAGCUCCAUUGCAUGGGUUUGCAUUUUGGUUUGAUGUUGAAUUUAAUGGACCCGCAACUACACCAGCAAAUUCUUAUUUUACAAAUUUGUCUGUUGACAACCAUCCAACGGAUGGAAGUCACCGAAAGAAACGGACAAAUCCUAGCGAGGCAUUGGUUCUAUCCACUGCACCCGAGGACCCUCCAACCCAUUGGCAACAGACGUUGAUAUACUUCUAUGAUCCCGUAGAACUAGAGCAAGAUCAAGUUAUUGAAGGCUCAGUGGUGCUGUCUCAAAGCAAAGAAAAUCGUCGAUUUAUGAAUAUUCGCCUAGAAUAUUCCUCAGGUGGUCGAUCCUAUGUGAAAGAAUCUGUUAUGAGAUGAGUGAGCAGGUAGUUUUGAUCGUCUUUGGCAUGAAAGCUGACUUCGGUGUUGCAACAGAAACUUUGUGAUUAUACAAGAUUCGAACGGAGCAUCUAAUACACUUGACGGGAUAUAUACACAUUGCAUUAGAGUUAGGUCAACAUGUUGAAAUUUUGAUGUAACCCUAUUGAUGUAUUGUUUUUUUUUUGGGGCCAACCCUGUGAUGCUAAAAAUAUACAUUUUAGUUGUCCAUGAGGUUGUAUACUGACGCGGAUCUUGUUUCUUGAAGAAUAAUAUUUCAUUUAUAUUUGCUGGACUUUAGCUGCAAUAUUCUUGUUAUUA